AUGGAUACACGGCGCCUUAUACUUAAACUUCUUGCUAUCGCGGAAGGCACCUCAAUCUGUGUUCAGCCUAGUACUACGUCCGCGCGCCCACCCCCACCUCAAGAGGCUAAAACGCUUGCGAAUGUCCUCGUUUCAUCGCAGCGUGUUGCUGUUUUCAAUACGGGUGAGCAGUCUAUCGUACGAGUCCAGUACCUAGGCGAUGGAAUAAUCGACGAUGACCAUAUUGAAGAAGUUACGGGCAUUGGAGGUUCACAGGCUCCUGUAACUCAGGCCAGUGGGAUAAUUCUCUCAGAAGGCUGCUUGACGGACGCUGAGAAAAGGUCGGCGGCCACGUUUUAUCGCUUCGCUGUAAAGUUGUCUGUCCGACGGGUUCACCAUCUGGGUAUGCCGCCGGGUGGAUGGGUAGUGCGAAUUAACACGUUCGAGUGCAUGUGCCCCUACUUCACAAACGUUUUAUCGUGCGCCCACGUGAUCUGCGGCCGUGUCGCGUUCGGUUUAAGUGUUCCAGGUGUUGGAGGUCAGCACCUUAAGUUCAAGAACCGACGGAUUCGCCGUACCUGUCAACGUGACCCCAAAGCCAGGGUUCCGCCCCUGCUACGGAGCGCGCCCUUGGCUCCAUUCGAGUCGGUGGGUCCCAGCACAGAUUCGGUGAUCGAUUCUAGUCCAUUGGAGCAGAAUUGA